AUGGGAAAAGGGGGAGGAAAAAUGACAGAAGUAAUACCUUCGUCCUCACAGCAGCAGCGGCAGCCACCAGGUUCACAGCAGCAGCAGCAACCACAUCAGCAGCAACAGACUGGCCCUUUAACCCGCUCAGCCAUGUCUGCUGCGAGGUUGGCAGGAGGGGGAAGCACACCGUCCACAUCUUCGUCCAUAAGAACGGCCGUCGGAGGCGGAGAGUCAGCAUCAAUACCGGCUGCAAGGGCCACAUCGACAAGACAAGACACUCACAUUGUGACCUCAGCUCCUCUUUUACCCUCUGGCCCUGCCCAUUCUACUCGUGGCUCUUCUUCUUUUUCUUCCUCUUCGCACGGGCAUAUUUUUCAGCUCGGCAGCGGGCCAAUAACUAGAAAGCGAGCGGCGUCCAUUAACACGGAGGAAGCCAACAACCGUUCACGGAUCGAGAGCUUGACCCUUCAGACACCUACAAGCAAUCCUAGUUCUUUUCACGGUGACCGUGUUCUAGAGGACAACGGUUCUGGGCAGGAUCUUGUCUGUCUUUGCGCACCUCCACCGAAGAUUCCAAGACCAAGAAACGGUAUGUUUUCUUUUUUUUUGUGCCUUUGCUGUAAGUUGAUCGCUGAUUUCGGGCUGUGGUUAGCUUUUAUACUCUAUCGCCAAGCCCAUCAAGCGACGAUUGUUCAACAAAAUCCUGGUCUCGCCAACCCGGAUAUUUCCAAGAUCAUUGGCGAGAACUGGAAGGCUGAGCCAGAAGAGUCCAAAAACAGGUGGAAAGAGCUGGCAGAGGCGGAAAAGCUGCGGCAUCAGACACAGUUUCCAGGCUAUCGAUACCAGCCGAGAAGAGGAAAUAAGAGUGGUGCUCCAUCAGGUAGAACAACUGCGCCAGGACAAGAUCCACACAAGUGUCCAAACUGUGGAGGAAGAUACAUUGCCACUCCGAGAACACCAUCUACGCCAUUCAUGACUCCCACGGCGGCGAAACAGCCCCCUUUUCCAGGCGGAGGAGGCCAUCCACCACCUCCGGGCUACCCUCGCCACCAGCAACCUCCACCAACGCCUGCUUCGGCAAGAGGAGCCGCUCGACCUCAAUGGGGACCACAAGGAAGUGGUGCCAGCCUGUACGAUAUUCGUGAACACUACGAAGAUCCUUAUUCUCCAUCGGAAGCCAAGCGUAGGAAGUACAAUGCAGCAGGAAGCUACCAAAACUACCAUUCCCUACCUUCACCCCCUCCUCCACUACCUCAUUCAUACCCCGGGCCUCCCAGGGGGUCUGUGUCUCGAGCUUCGAUGAGCAUGAGCAGUUCGCCCACACCGGGUUACGGGCCUCCGCAACUGCCGGGUCCAUCUUCCAUGCUUGCUCGUGUCAGCCCAGGACCGAGCCCACUGUCAGGAGGUAGCAUCACGGGGAGUAUGGCUCCUCCACCCGUUCCCAGAGCCCCAAGUUUGUCGUUGUCCGUGUCAUCUCCGUACGGCCCUCCUUCACACCAAUACCCGCCACCGCCACCACAGCAUCAAACAUACCUACACCAAUCCCAACAACAACGCACUGGCUCAUUGUCGUCUGUUCUCUCCGGCGGUGCUUCCCAACCUCCGACUGGUGGUGAGUUUGACGAGUCCCUCCGCCUGCCUCCCCUCCAUCUGUCGACUUCAACGAGUAAUCCUUCUACUUCUCGAAUUCCAACCUCCCCAGACAAUGAGUCUGAAAUUGGAAGUGCCUACCCUUCCAGCACCAAAACCGCAUUCUCUUCUUCCCACCCACCUUCUGCCUUUUCUGGUCCCCAAAGCAACCCCCGUCAAGACUCCAAGGAGGAGGAAGCCGCCCGACGCAGCGUGGAAGCGAUGGUAAUGUCCAUUUCCUACAUCAACAAGCUCCGAGUUCUGGAACGAAUUUCUCCUCCUUUGGGUUCGGAUCCCCAGGGAACUCGGAAGAAGAGGCGAGGCCCUAUAAUUGCUGUGGAAGGGGUUGAUCUGUCUUUGAUGAAGCUUGUAGGCGGUGUCAUCGAGCGUGCCCUGCGCCAGGAAAGAGGCGAGAACUGGGAUAUCAGGACAUGGAACGCCGCCGAUGACGAAUCGUCCGACGACGGGACAACAAAAGAGCGAACCGGUAGCUUCUCCGGCAGGGAAAGCAACGCCAGCAGCUCCAAGGUCGUCCUCGGCUCCAGAGCCGGCAGCACGACGCCGGUUCCGUUCCGCCAACCAUCCGACUCUAGCCCGUUCGAGACGUACCUCCGCACCAUCACAAAGUGGCACGCCAAAUCGAACGAGAUUGUCUCGUUUGUCACUUCCCCGCAGGGCUCCUCCCCGUCGGCGAGCCACCCCUCGUUGGAUACCGAGUCGAUGACGCCCACCCCUCGACACCGGCAUCCACUGCCUGGUCAUGCGUCAUCCUCAAAGGUGCCCAUCGCGCUUCUUCCUAGCGGGUUUAGCUUGACGCUGUCGGAUAAGUUUGCUUGUCAGACACCCAUUAGUGAUUCAUAUGCGCCGGUGGAUCACUGGCAGUGGAUGGCUACGCUUUGGAGGGGCGUUGCUGGGGCGGAUUUGGUGGUUUAUGUCAAGGGGAUUUAUCAGCAGCAGCAGCAGCAGUCGUCGAAUUUGUCGCCGAAGGAGCAGCAGCAACAGGGGGGAGGUGUGGAGAUCAAGGCUGGGGGGUUGAUUGCGGUCAAGAUUCCUGUUUUGAUGUCUCAGGAGGGGGGGAGCAGUAGUCAGGGGGAGCAGCAGCAGGUUGUGGUUGAUGAGAAGAUUGAGAGGAGGCUUGGCUUUGAGGUUGUGGAGUGGGUUAGGGGAGGGAGUUGGCUGGGCCAAGGAGGGCAGCAGCAGCAGGGGGAGGCGAUGGAGUUUUAG